AUGCCUUCAGAAGGCGCGCCAGCGUCCGCUGGAGCACAAGAGACAAGAGUUGAGGCCAAUGCCGCUCCCACUGUUGCAGAUUCUAGUGCAACAAGUAACUCAGUCGCAUCCCCUAGUAGCACGGCCGGAACCGGAGGAGAAGGCGGCGGCACUUCAUCAGCGCAACAGACUUCACCUUCGGCUUCACAGAAAACACCUCCAGUACAAGAGCAGCCGCCAUCAAAUGUAGCACCCGCAGCCGUUGCAACCCAAUCAGCCGUCGCACCCGUUCCUGCACCAGCACCACCGCAAACGGUUCUUCCGACCUCAAAACCUGCAGGAGCAGAUCUAUUGGCGGCCUCAUCAAGCGCCUCGUCAUCGGUCGGCGUUCAAGCUCCGCCGCCAGCUGCUGUCGCAGAGCAACCGCCAAUAGCUAAGGUGCCUGCAGCACCGCCCUCACCACCAUCUUCACCUACAUCAAAGCCCUCAGUGGCGCAGGCACCAGGAGAACAAGGAGAGGGAAGGAAAGAUGGAGUCUCUUCUUCCGGUGCAACUUCGAAUACGGUGCCGGCCGCUUCUGCGCAGGCUCCUUCAGUAGCUGCCUCCGCGGCAUCGACAGCGACUUCAACGUCAGGAGAUAGUGUAAAGCCUUCGUCAUCAUCUUCAGAGCCGUCAGCGAAAGCAUCAGCAGUAGACUCGGCAAAAGCUCCCUCUAGUGCACCGAAGCCAGCUGCGGGAGCAAGCUCGUCGGCGGGAGAGAGUGCUAAUAAAGCCCCUAUCAGUAUAAUUACUAAUACGAGCACCACCAGCACAGCAAAAGGAGCAGGAGUCGCCUCGUCUGCCUCCACCUCUAGACAAAAAGCCGGUGUAGAAAGUCUGGCAAACGCAAGUGUGCCCGCGACGGCCACUGGAUCAUCGGAAACAAGUCUGGGUCAAACGCAAAGACCUCCAGCUCCAUCAGCGAAGAGCGCACCGACUAGUGACGCAGAAUCUGGCGGUAAGCCCCAAGGGAGCUUAGAUGUUGAUAAGGCCCCCAUAGCCGCAUCUUCUCCUUCUACGGAGUUGCCGAAGACGAAAGUGCCAUUCCCACCUUCGGCAGAGGAAAAUGAAGACGAUAGCGCUGCAAUCAGUGCUUUGCUAGGUGGUAAUGUGAUUUUUUUGAAGUUGAGAUGAAGCUCUAUAAAAGCGAGUGUUGCUAACGCCUACGGUCCUCUGAAGUAUAUUAUACUUGAAUAUAUUAUAAUUUUUAGGUUCAAGCAGUAGGACAAGGACUCGUGAAGACCACCUGCCCACGGCUUUCUUCAGUCUCUAACACGAGAUGAAUUCUCUGUUGAUGACCAUUACAACACUUAUAUCAGGUCGUGGUAAAUCCGAGCUGAAGCCUCUUGCAACAGACGGGUUUCUCGGGAAGAGUAAGGCCGACGCAUCGGAUGUCUCUAGCAAGGUGACGUCAACAUCUAUGCCACCUAUCGGAUCUCUGGACGGGGGAGCAGCCUCUGAGUGGGGAAAAACAGCCUUAGGUCCACUUUGGGGUGACUCAUCCACCAACAGUAAGAGCAGUGUGCCGGCGCUUGAUCUUGACAAGACGAAGGGAAAGGCACCGAUAGUUGAUGAGGCGAAAAAGAAACCAGAAGCAUCAGUGAAUAACAGUGGAGACGAGAAAGACAAAUCUGCCGUUGUGCCAGCCAAACAGAAAGAUCCGAGUAAGAAUCAAGUCGCGCAGACUGGUGUUGCGCUCAAUCCCAUUGUAAAACAGCAAAGCCAGUACGGAGACUCGGAGGCGACACUGUCCGGCAGUGUUUGGAUGCAGGUAGUCACCAGGUCUAGCGUCAUUUCCUAUUUGUAUUCGUAUCUUGUUCAUCAUUAGAUUUUUUGACGUAAAAUAAUACUAGAAGGAGACUUUGGUGCUGUCGAACAAUAACUAAAACUUCCACGCUUUUAGGGAACUUGCCAUUUUUCGGCAGAGCGGAGACAAACAGUAUUGUCAUCCCCAUAUCCAUCCUUCAUUUCCUCGGUCAGGCACUUUUCGUGUUACUUCAAGUGAUUAUCGUGUAUCACGUCUGCCGACUUCUGUGUUGCCCAGGAGGUGCAAAGAACGAAACCGUGAGCUAUUUCUCGACAAGUGCCGGUACUUUAGCCUUGCUUUGAAUUUGUGUAAAUUUCUCUCUCGGCUACGGCUUCUCCACCAGUUGUAAUUUGACAGUGUAGUAAAAACCACAUUGAUGACCACUUCAACUCCCGCUCCUGUAGAGAUAGGUAGACCUCCCCUUUGAAUAUUAGAAAUUCUGACCAACCGCAUUGCGCGUCGUCUUCGAUGCAACAGACUCUUCUUCUUUGUUUGCAGGCCUCCCGACUGGACUGGGACCACAACCACGAAAGGUAGAUACCGUCGAAAAAACCGUCUCUAAGACUACAAAAAUUGGAGCUGGUACUCUAUUACUAUCCAGAACCUACUACAUGGACAUUCAUGGAGCAGCAGAUGAUCAUCUGUCCGAUAUGGAUAUAGCGUCAACGUCAAUAUCUCGGGGAAUGUCACUACAAGAAGUCAACGUUUCUGUGUAAAAAGUAAUUUAUCAUGAUUGAUCCAUCAAGAAAAACUAAUCUAUCUUUCUACACGAGACUUAUGCCAUCGAUCUAUCUUUCUAAGCAACUAGGACUACGGCUACAUCCAACGUCAAGAACAUAUUUCAGGUAUGUUAUCCAAAUCUUCGUCACUUGUUCGCGGAAAUCCGAAAGUCGAUCCUGGUGAGCAAAAGAGUAUCCUGGCGAAGCCACCGAACAUGCAGACAAUUAAGGCUCAAAAUACCUCACUUCCAGCGGUCAUUUGCUUCUGUUUCAUUCUUGGGAUUCCGGAGAAAUGAACCAAAGAAAUUAAUUGUCUUGAGCUCUAAGACAAUGGGGAACAAGAAGACCACGAAAAAUGAUGAGGACACCGAAAAGAUGUUGCAGCCUGACUUUGGCGGUGGCGGCUUCGCUGAGUUCAGUUACGAGGAUGAUGGAACGAUGGCCGACGCUUGGGCUCGGGUGACAGGCAAGGACGCUGUCGACAGCGACGAUGGCGGGUGGGGUGCAUUUGAUGAUGACGACGAUCUUGCUCUAGAUGCACCCACCACCAACACAGCCGCCGCAGCUGGAGGGAGUGCUGGAAAAUAGCGACUUCUGCGCAUCAUCAAGAUGGACACAGUAUAUAUAAUAAAUACACUGGGCUUACUCACUCCCUAUCCCUAACCCUAGUUCAACAUACCCAUACAACAUAAUCUGCUUUUCAAUCAAAGUCGUUCCUUUGAAUGACGAAUGCGGUCACCCAGCAUCUUUUCUUAGUGUUGUAGCAUACCUUGUCAGUCACUGAGCUGACACGGAACAGCAGACAGUCAUGUUAUUUUUAACGUUGUUCUCUGGUGUCUUUUUAUCCGUUGGGGUUUUACUUUUACAAUCAAGCAAGAUGAUGAUGAAAGAUGAUGAAGC